CGCGCGCACAUUCGCUGCCCCGUGAGUUGCGGAGGCGGAGGCUUGAGUGACGUAUGAACGAGUCAAUCUCCUCCGCCCGUGACUCCCGGCGUCCCGCAGCGCAGCGCGGCGCAGCGCGGCCCCCUCCCUGCAGCUCCACCUCCUCCCCCGCUGCUGGGGACGGACUGCACAUUCCUCACACUCCGGAUCUCGGUAGUACAGGAGCGCCGCGACGUAGCGAAACCAGCCGAGGACACGACGGAUUUACACGGCACAUGACACGUACCAAGAGCACGUAAAGGUCAAUGUUGGGUCGCGGAGUGAAGCGGAAGUGGAGCUGCCUGGAGGAGCUGGAGGCAGAGGAGCUCCCUAAUGCUCCGAUGACUGAGGAGAAGAAGCAGGAGAGGGAGGAGGACCGAGGAGAGCAUUGGUCCAAAUCCAGCAUGAGCCACCUGCAGCAGCGCCAGCUGGUGCUCAGCCUCUGCCUGGAGAAGCUCCAGCACUACCAGGCUGGCAUGGAGCUCAGCCUGCGUCGCUCCGUGCUGCUCAUCAACACUCUCAGGCAGAUACAGGAGGAGAUGCGGAGUGACGGGAAUGACGUACGGCUCCACGGCGUAAACCCUGACGCCCGCCUCCUCGGGGAGGAGUUCAGAGAGGACGGCUCGGUUACGUGCCCGGGCUGCGUGGAGGGAGACGAAGAAGGUCCGUCUCUGUCUCCACCGCUGUCCCCGGAAAUGCCCUCCCAGGAGGCAGCCGGCUCCCCGGAGCUGCAGAAACUCCCCCCCAGUAACAGUAACACCUUUAGUGAUGCAGGAAAUACCACGGGCUACCUAAGUGACCUUGCCCUGGACGAUAUCUUCGAGGACAUUGACACGUCAAUGUACGAGACCUCAGACCUGCCCCCCGCCUGGGGAGCUGGCUCUUUGUGGCCGCUCAGUGUGUCGUUCUGGCCUGAUGAGGACAUGAAGGCGCGUUCCUCCGCGGGAAGCCUUCAGUCGUGUCUGCUGGACCUGAAUGAACUGGACCACAUCAUGGAGAUUCUAGUCAAGUCCUGAUCUCUAGGACAGGUGGUGGAAGGUACCGUUACUGAAAGAGGCCUGCUGGUGACGUACUUCUGGAUAUUUCACGUGAUCACGACAGGACAUGUUCAGACAUGAAGCUGAAUAACACGUAUUGCUCCUCCCUCUUUAAUGAGAAACCAGACAUGCACUUAUACUUACGCCUGAAAUUUAGUGUAUAUAUAUAUAUAUAUAUAUAUAUAUAUAUAUAUGAAGAUACAUCUAAAUAAUGGAUAAUUUGUGUUUUACAUGACUGGAAUUAUUACUAAAAAUCCGAAUAGGUUUCCUUAUCCAAAGGAAAAUUAUCUGCAAACUGCCAGUGUUCAAAAACAGGUGGGGGAGGGGUCGGGGCUCUGUUCCACUUCCUGCUCGGCGCAGCUGGAGAAAACUUUGCUCCUUCCUGCACCUUCUCUGGUAUUAAAAGGUCUUUAAAUCAAUUGAAAAUUGGAAAAGUUAUGAUGUUAUGUGGCUCAUGCCUACCAGGGGAACAUUUUCAAACAGUUUACAGAGAGCUUUUUGAUUUUUCACACAAGACAUGAGCCGAUCUACAAAUGAAACUCUCUGUAAUGUGAAACUUCAUGUAGCAAGCAUAAAAAAAAUGUUUUUUUUUUUAGCAAAUUAGAAUGACCGCUUUCUACAUACGUAGCUCUCAGAAAUGAUCUGGAGCUGUUUACCUUGACAACAGAUUGUUUAGCAGUGAGACGGACAGUUGGUGCACCAAAGAUCAUGCUAUGUUCGUGUUCCUUCAUUCAGUCAAACCCUAAAAUUUCAGAUAUCUGGUGUUGUACCAUUUUUUUUCUCUCUAGUCUCUGUUGUAGUGAAGCUCUCUGCGUCAAACAACAGCUAUGGGAGAAGGAACCCGAGCUGCGAUGAAGGGUGCGUCGCUCAGUCUGUCAGAUCAGCUCUGGGUUGAUAAUUAAUUAAAGUCCCUUCAGUUACUCAAGAGGCUGUGCUUCAGCCAGUCAGGAGGGCAAAGGGCUGAGUUUCCUGUCAGUAAGCUUUCAUAUUAUGGAGUGCCAAAAGUGCCACAAUAUAUUUUAAAAAGUGAAUUAAUUCAUGAUUUUUUAAAUAAAAAUAUUUAAUCAAAACCUGUUUAUAAUCAUCCACAAUAUAAUAAAUAACUUAAACUCUGUUAAUUAAGAUGUGUUAUUUAUCCUGUGAAAUUAGUUCAAUAUUAAUAUAUUUCAAUGUGUGCUGUGUUGCAGUGCACCAAGUAAAAUGAAAUAAUUUUAACUAUGUUGCUCAUCAAACAAACCCUUGGAUCUGAUUGGUCAACUUGCACACAAAUACGACUUCUGACCAAAUUUUUCUGACUAGUGCAGUCUUAAUCCUGCCCUCUACCUUUAAAAGGUAAGGAAGAUGAAUAUGAUUCAAAAAUGGCUGCUUUGUUAAAUAAUUACAGAAUUAAAGGAAUAGCUUUGUCUUUUCUGUAGUUUUAAAUACUUUCAAUAAUUACAUAUCUAAUAACCCAUAUAUUUGUCUACGAUCUGAAUUAAUUGGUGACAUGUCAUUUAGUGAUUUAUUUAUGAAUGCAUUGGUGGCACUUUUGGACUUCCAUAACUGCGCACCAGCCUUUUUAAGAAACAAAAUUGCCCAAAGUUGCAGAUGUAUUGAGUAUUUAGUCAUUGUCAUGUGGCUGAAAGAAGAGCAGAGCUGCUCGUGUCCCAUCCACAGGUGAUUUUUUUAAAUUUUGUUUUUGUGGCAGUAAAACAAUAAGAACUUUUGUUUUCACGUAUACAAAGGGUAAAAUGUUGUUUGUCGGAAUGUUUUAAUCUAAUGUUAUUUAUAUUUAUGAUUGAUGAACUGGCCUCAGACUGCAGUAGAUGCAGGUUCAUUGUGGGAGUCCAGUUUAACUUAUCAUAUAGGUUCUCUUUUGCUCGUUUGUUUCGGUCUUUUGAUGGAAUGGCUGCUUGUUGACACAAUUGUAUCAUUUGUGACGCCAUUGAAGAAUCGACAGCUCACCGGUAUGGCAGCUCGUGUUUGAGGUGAAUUCAGCAUUACAUGGAAGCAGCAAAAAAAAACAUACUUUUUUUUUUUUUUAGGUAAAUGUAAUCCCAGCUGUGACUCACAAUAGGAAACUUUGCCAUGUCCUAAAAUUGUAAAUCACAACAUAAGCCUAUGUACUUUUAAGGCCUUGAUGAUGUGCAUUUUUUAUUCCAGUGCUGGGAGUUUUUUUUUUUUUUUUUUUUGUAAUACUUUUGUACUCGUUUCUACCCUAAACUGCGAUCUUGUGUCCAGUGGAUCGAGGGAGCAAAUCACAAUCUUGACCUUCACUAGUUGUGGUUUACCUCGCUGUCUACCUCGUGUUUGUUGCUAGUUUAUCUGGACACCCCUGCUUUGCUUUGUGCUUUACUCCCAGAGCCAUAUGCCGUUUGGCACAGACAUUUUCUCAGCUCAGCUCGUUGCUCUCCGACCAAAGGAAUCCGCCCCAUCUUGUGUGGAAAAUGUGCCUUACUACUGAACCGAACAUGGUGUUUGUGCAAAGCUUUUUGUUGUUGUCUGAGCUUCUGCUUUGCUCUGGAGAAACCUGAGAUGUACAGCGAGUUGUUAUGUAAAGCACUCAAAAGCGAGGACUUUUUUUUUUUUUUUUUUUUUUCUCCCCCCCCUCACUCUCCUUGGCCAUUUUCUGCACUCGCUGAAAUACUACUGGCAUAUGAGCUUAAUGUAUCCUGACAGGCUGACACCAAACUAGCUGAGGGAGGAGAUGGUGCUGAGGGGCUGGGAGGGAAAAACAAGAGGAGGAGGAGGAGGAGGUGGAGGAAAAAAGCAGUUUACGUCACUUGCCUAUUUGGGGGGGGGGGGGAAGGGGCGCUUGUUUUGCCCACACUCAGACCAACGACCAAUCACAUGAGAUGUGCGAGGAGCUCCAACAACUUGUUUUUGCUCCUGAUGGCUCUGCACAGACACACAGCGUGAAUCAGCUUGAUUGUAGCCCGUGAAAGCAAACUGUUUGCUGCUUUCUUUCUACCCAAUCUGAAUGAACACGAAACAUGAAUAAAGCCAUUUUGUUGUUAUUUAUAUAAUAGCAUCUAAGUACAUGAUGUCACAAUAAUCUGUACAGAACAAGCUGUAUUUUGAUGCUGAUCACGGGGUCAGUGUAACUGAAGGAAGUGUUUUGCUCAGUAAUAUAAUUCUUUAUGUAUUUUUGGGGAAUGUUUUAUAGAUUUUCUCCAAUAAUAAAGUAAAAAUCCCCAAACUGUUA